AUGCGAUCCGAUAUCGGCAGUCUUGCUUGGUCCAACUGGCGAAUUAUUCCCUCAUACGAUGUCUUUUCUCGCGAUGGUACAUCGGAUCCUACUGGCUGGAAGGCUCAGUACGAUAUUUCCAACGCGACCGAGAACAACGAGGAUUGCAUUUAUUGGUUUUCGUUGAUUGACAGCAAAUAUGGCGGGACACUAGCGAAAUCCCAAUACGUAAACGUCAGCGCGCCGAAAGCCGAGGAGACGAAAACAGUGACAACUCUCACCACGGAGACUACGACAGAUUCGUCCACAAGCAGAGAUACAAGUUCUACACUUGAGCCUAGUUCGAAAUCUGGAUUGUCUCGCGGUGAAAUUGCUGGUGUAGCAGUCGGUGCCACGAUUGGAGGUCUAUUGAUUCUUGGGGGUAUUGGAUGGAUGGUUUGGAGAAAACGGGCGAGAAGGAAAAAUGAUGCGGCGCCGGCAGAGCUUCCUGGAAAUUACAACCAAGACCAGCCUCACUCUGAGAGACCGAAGAGUGAGCUACCUGCCGAGCCUGUGAUUUUUCCUUCAGAGCGUCCUAGGAGCCCUCCUAGAAUCUAUGAAGCACCAUGAUUAAAGAAACGAGAGGAAAGGUUAGCAUAAUAAUAUAUCAUAAUUAAUACACCCUUAUUACCUA